GCUCGGUCCAUAGAGUACUUGGACAACAAGCUCAGUAGUGGCGGCGUACAGCGGUUAGAGUCGGCUGUGAAACAGUUUCUCAGAGCUAUGGACGCAGUCGAAACCAAGUGGUUUGUUCGCUGGACUAGCUACAUCCGGCGAUUCGAUGAAGGAUUUGGAUCCAUGGUGGCGCCGAUUACUAAACUACAAAGGAAGGACGUCGAC